ACAAAACCGAGACGCAGAUCCUAAUGGUGUGAAGUGUCGGCAGGAAAGCUGAUUCUAACUGAAGAUUAAGUCCAAGUCUCUGACCCUCUAGGAAACGUCCAGGUUUUAGGAAACGCAUCGCCGUGGACUCCCCAGCCUAGAGGACUCGUCUCAUAGGAAGCUCAGCAUCAGCGGUUCUGGUGACCAAGGGGACGACCUCAGAAACCGCGACCACGCCAGGUUUUUGGAUUGGAAGACUCUCCCCCAUUCCUCCAUUGCGGCACCAGGCGGCGCAACAGAGCGGUGGGAGAUUCUGCGCGUGCGCCACAGGCGGACAGUUCCGGAGACACCGUUCCCAGCCGUCGCGUGUCUCCCUCAGCGGCAUGAAGGCCGGCGAGGACGCCAGAGGAGUUCGCAGCGAGGGGCCGCGGAAGCUGGGCCUCUGCGUCCUCUGUGGACUGCCCGCAGCAGGAAAAUCCACCUUGGCGCGUGCCCUCAGCCACCGGUUACGGCAGGAGCUGGGCUGGGCCGUGGGCCUCGUCGCCUAUGAUGACGUCAUGCCGGACGCGUUCUUCGAGGAGGCGAACCCAUUGCCAUCCCAGUGGAAAUUGCUUCGACAGGAACUGUUAAAGUACCUGGAGAACUUCUUGCUGGCCGUCAUUAACGGGUGUCAGAUGUCUGCCCCACCCAACAGGACUGAAGCCAUGUGGGAAGAUUUUAUAACCUCCUUGAAGGAUCAAGAUCUCAUAUCUUCUGCAGCACCUGAGGCCCCGUCACACUACCUCUUAACGAAGACUGCUGUUUCCAGACCUUUGUUUCUGAUUUUAGAUGACAACUUUUAUUAUCAAAGUAUGAGAUAUGAAGUCUAUCAGCUGGCUCGGAAAUAUUCAUUAGGUUUUUGCCAGGUCUUUUUAGACUGUUCUCUGGAGACCUGUUUACAGAGGAAUGGCCAGAGACCCCAGCCACUGCCUGCCGAGACCAUCCACCUGAUGGGAAGUAAGAUAGAAAGGCCCAACCCUGAGAAAAACGCUUGGGAACACAACAGCCUCACACUUCAGAGUCCAGCCUGUUCUUCAGAGGCCAGCCUGAAGUUGACUGAUUUAUUGCUUACUGCUUUGGAAAAUCCAAUAAAAUAUGUGGAGGACAAUGUGGAACAAAAGGAAACAGACAGAAUUAUUUGUUCAACUAAUAUUCUUCAUCAAGUCGAUCAGACACUCCGAAGAGCUGUCUCUCAGACAAUGAAGGAAGCAAAAGAUGAACAACUGCUUCCUUACAAGUUGAAGCUUCUAGCAGAAGAACUUAACAAGCUGAAAGCGGAGUUUUUGGAAGACCUAAGACAAGGAAACAAAAAGUACCUGUGCUUUCGUGAAACCAUUGACUUAUCAGAUGUUAUUUCUUUUUUUCAUUAUGAAAAAGAUAACAUUGUACAGAAAUAUUUUUCAAAGCAGCAUUAAAACUUCUGAAUUUCCAAUCAAAUACAUAUUUUGGUUAAGAUUUUGCAAACUAAUGAGAACAAUGCUGUAGCACUGGAUGUUUGCUAGGCCAAUGAAGUGAAUUGCCAAGACCUAUUUAAAAAAAAAAUUAUUCCAAAAGAUCCAUUUGUCAUAACAGAAAUUACUUCAGUCAGUCACUUGUCAGAUGUGACAUGCAUAAUUAAGCAUCAGAAGCAGCCUUCCUCAUUUAUGUGCCAGAACACCUGGAGGGUGGGUGCGGGGCAGGGGUCACAUCCUAAAUAAAGAGAAGCAGCUAGGAAGGAGACAAGAUGCUGAUAAUGGAACUGUUUUUGUUUUUAACUAUGCAACAGAUCUCAUGAGUGAGGCAUUCCACAAAUCCAAACCAAUGUAGCCAUAAGACCUUUUUAAAAAAAUUAGUAUCUUACAAACUGGAAAAUUACUAAAAAACUCAGUAUAGACUUACCAUAUGAUCCAGCAAUCCCAUUCCUGGGUAUAUAUCCAGAGGGAACCUUAAUUCAAAAAGACACAUGCACCCCAACGUUCAUAGCAGCACUAUGUACAAUAGCCAAGACAUGGAAACAACCUAAAUGUCCAUCGACACAUGACUGGAUAAAGAAGCUGUGGUAUAUUUAUACAAUGGGAUACUACUCAGCCAUAAAAAAUAAUAAAGUAAUGCCAUUUGCAGCAACAUGGAUGAACCUGGACAAUGUCAUUCUAAGUGAAGUGGGCCAGAAAGAGAAAGAAAUCACUUAUAUGUGAAAUCUUUAAAAAAAAAAAAAAAAGACGAACUUAUUUACAAAAUAGAAA